AUGAAGAAGGAGGCCGUCGUGGAGGUUGAUGAGAUCGUGGAGAAGUGCUUGGAAGUGAAAGGAGGCAAGCCAGGGAAGUUGGUGAACAUCCCGGAGGCGCAGUUGAAGAGCCUUUGCAGCGGGGUCCGCUCCGUCUUCCUGGAGCAAAACGCCUUGCUGGAGCUUGAGGCGCCCCUGAAGAUCUGUGGCGACGUGCACGGUCAGUAUCACGACUUGCUGCGGCUCUUUGAGUACGGUGGCUUCCCUCCGGAGAGCAACUACCUCUUCCUCGGAGACUAUGUGGACCGUGGCAAGCAGAGCCUGGAGACCAUCACUCUGCUCUUCGCCUACAAGACAAAGUUCCCGGAGAACUUCUUCCUGCUCCGCGGGAACCACGAGUGUGCCUCCAUCACCCGCAUCUAUGGCUUUUAUGAUGAAUGCAAGCGGCGGUACAACAUCAAGCUCUGGAAGCAGUUUUGCGACGUAUUCAACUGCAUGCCCGUGUGCGCCAUCAUCGACGAGAAGAUCAUUUGCAUGCAUGGUGGGCUGUCUCCGGAGAUUACCAGCACAGAUGCCAUCAAGAAAGUGGUGAGGCCUACAGACGUACCAGACACCGGGCUGAUUUGCGAUCUUUUGUGGGCAGACCCGGACAAGGACAUUGCCGGCUGGGCUGAGAACGAUCGAGGUGUUUCCUUCAUCUUUGGGCCUGAUGUGGUGAUCAGCUUCUUGCAGAAGCACGAGAUGGACCUGGUGUGCCGAGCCCAUCAGGUGGUGGAGGACGGGUACGAGUUCUUUGCCAAGCGUCAGCUGAUCACGCUCUUCAGUGCUCCGAACUACUGCGGCGAGUUUGACAAUGCCGGGGCGAUGAUGAGCAUUGAUGAGACCCUGAUGUGCAGCUUCAAGGUUCUGAAGCCGGUGAAGGGCAAGAAGUAA